CAAUCACAACCGCAACCACAACCACAAGCUAUACAAUUAGCUCCAACUCCUCCUCAGCCUUCUAUUUCCCCUCCAGCGAAAUCGCGUAAGAGAAAACAAGAUCCGUCCGUCGGGCCGCAAAGAAAGCCGCGUAGUCAACCUUCAAAACUCUUUCAAUGCACUGGCUAUGGGAACUGUAGUAUGCAGUUCACCCGCUCCGAGCAUUUGGCUCGUCACGUUAGAAAGCAUACGGGUGAACGACCUUUCAAAUGCCACUGCGGUAAGGCGUUCUCGCGACUCGAUAACCUACGACAGCACGCAGGCACGGUACACGCGGAUCAACCAGAACUAAAUGAAACUUUACUUAAGGGAAUGUCAACUUUACAUUCUCAAUUAGCAGCCAAUGCCUCACAAAAGCAAAUUGCUGAUGCUCAAGUCGUUGAUCGCAAGCAUGGUUCAUCAGUUCCACCUGAAUCUCAAAGGGGUAGAAAGCGCCAGACUGUCAAGAAGUCUGAACCAAUGUCUCCCUCGCCACUUUCAUCACCUAUACCAAAAACCUCGGCUUCACCUGCUGUUCAGACGUCACAGACACCAACCCAGCCACUUCAACAUCGUUCACCUUUCCCUAACCAACAAGUACCAAUGCAAAAUCAAUUUGGCUGGUCACCAAUUUAUCAUACACAAAGCGCCCAUCCUUCUCCGUUGAUUCAACAUCAGGCACAUCCUAUGUUACAUGCUGCGUCAAUGCCAGCAAAUACACAAUCACAAUAUGUAUCAGCUCCAAUUAUGGAUGCCCAUCCUUCUACGUCAACAGCUGGUUCGGCUGCUCCACCUGUUUUAGAAGAAUGGUCACCACAUAAUCAAACCCCUGCUAUUCCUCAUGCCUUGAGACCUACUCCGACGUCGACACCGAUCCCCUUAGUUAGAGAUACCCAAGAAAAUUCCCAAAAUAAUGGGAAACUGCCUCCAAUUGCUUCUGUCGUAGAACAACAUCAAUAUCAGCAGCAUCAGCAGCAAUAUCAACCACCACCACAACAACAACAGCAACCAAUUUAUCAAGCUCCAAUGUUGCCUUCACCAUCGCACACUACAACUUAUAAGCCUCAUUCUAGUCAAGGUUAUAGACCAUCAACUUCUGAAUACUUUGCUAGUGCCAACUAUUUUGAUCAGGGUUAUCAAUAUUCUUCACAAUUACAACCAAUACCUUUCCGUAAAAACUCAUUCCAAUCCCAAGGGAUGUUUGGUUAUCAACCUCCGACAGAAAAUCAACAAUCACAAGAGUCACCACAUCCAACUAAUGGUGUAAAUUGGGAUGAGUAUGCUAUGAGACCUAGGUCAUCUAGGAAAGGUAAUAUUGGUUUCAAUGAAAGUAUACCUUAUCUUCCACCACCUUCAUCUUCUGGUAUCAACGUACAAUUUGGUACGUCUAGACCAAUGUCUUCUUCAGAAGCGUUAAGACCUUUAUCUUCAACAGCAGGCAUUAAUAAUGGUAAUAAUAAUACUGAUCAAUUGCAAUUCAAUAAUACAAAUCAUUCUUCAAAUGUUUUCAAAUUUGAUCCAAUUACUAGAGCAGAUGGUGAAGAAGUUGAAGAAGAGGACCAAGAAGAAGAAAGACCUGAUACUAAUGCAUCUAGAAGACAAUCGAUUCUAGAUUUAUGUGGUGGUGAGGCUGGCCCUCGUCAACAACAACAAUUGGAAGGUGAAGAAGAUAACAUUUUACCACCAUUGAAAAACGUUGAUGGAACAGAACCAUUAAUUGGUUUAGGUAUAAAAGAAGAAGGUUUAGAAUUAAAGCAGGAAAAUUAAUUCAAUAUUCCCAAACAAUUAUAGACACUUAUUAUAGACAUUCUUUGGAUAUUAACACUUUCACUAUUAAUUUUAUUUCAAAAUCUAAUUUCAAACGCAUGGUUUAUUGAUACUUCUCUGUUAAAUUUUUCACCAUUAGUUAUAGUUUCAAUUGUAGACAACACAUGAAU